UCGGCUUUGAACAUAACCUAACCAUCAAAACGAUUUGUUUACGUUUAGUUUUGCAUUUGUUUUGCACUGUGAAACUUGAACGAAAUCCGCGAAUAUUUCACGCAUCUUUAGUGAUAACAAGUUGAAACUUUCAGGACUUACUCGUAGAUAAUCAAGAUGUCGAUUGGUGUACCGAUUAAAGUGCUGCACGAAGCCGAGGGUCAUAUUGUGACGUGCGAAACAAUCACCGGCGAAGUUUUCAGGGGAAAACUGAUCGAAGCCGAGGAUAACAUGAAUUGCCAGAUGACGAGCAUCACAGUGACCUAUCGGGAUGGUCGCGUGGCGCAGCUGGAGAACGUCUACAUCCGCGGCAGCAAAAUCCGCUUCCUAAUAUUACCAGAUAUGUUAAAGAAUGCGCCGAUGUUUAAAAAACAGACGAAAGCAGGCACGGCAGGCAGAGGAAAAAGCGCCAUAUUAAGAGCACAAGCUGCAAGAGGAAGAGGUAGAGGUGGAGGAAAUCCUGCUGCAAGAGGUGGGAGAGGAGGAGCAUGGCAAGGGGGCGCAGCAGCACAAGGAGCGCCUGCACCAGCCGGACGCGGACGCCAAUAAUACAAUUAUUAAUAACAUUAAACUUAGUUUUAAAACUUACUGUAAUGAUUAUCUCUUUAAUUUAUAACUUGAAGAAUACUGUUUGGGUUAUUCGAGAACUAUGAUGAUUAUUUUUUAUUAAACGCGACGAUUACGAUGCAGAAA